AGCUGGGCUGCUGGCACCGAGGAUGGCAGAGGCCGGCGCCCUGCCUGCUGGCUUCGGGGAGCUCGAGGUGCUGGCUGUGGGGAUGGUGCUACUGGUGGAAGCUCUCUCCGGUCUCAGCCUCAAUAGCCUGACCAUCUUCUCUUUCUGCAAGACCCCGGAGCUGCGGACUCCUUGCCACCUGCUGGUGCUGAGCUUGGCUCUUGCGGACAGUGGGAUCAGCCUGAAUGCCCUCAUCGGAGCCACAUCCAGCCUCCUCCGGCGCUGGCCCUACGGCUCGGACGGCUGCCAGGCUCACGGCUUCCAAGGCUUUGUGACAGCUUUGGCCAGCAUCGGCGGCAGCGCAGCCAUCGCCUGGGGGCGCUAUCAUCACUACUGCACUCGCAGCCAACUGGCAUGGAACACGGCCAUCUCUUUGGUGCUCUUUGUGUGGCUGUCGUCUGCCUUCUGGGCAGCCCUGCCUCUCCUGGGCUGGGGCCACUAUGACUAUGAACCACUGGGGACAUGCUGCACCCUGGACUACUCCAAGGGGGACAGAAACUUCACCAGCUAUCUCUUCACCAUGGCCUUCUUCAACUUCGCCAUGCCCCUCUUCAUCACAAUCAUAUCCUACCGGCUCAUGGAGCAGAAGCUUAGGAAAAGUGGCCAUCUCCAGGUGAACACCACUCUGCCCAUCAGGACGCUGAUGCUUGGCUGGGGCCCCUAUGCUCUCCUGUAUCUCUGUGCGGUCAUCGCAGACGUGACUUCCAUCUCCCCCAAACUACAGAUGGUGCCCGCCCUCAUUGCCAAAACGGUGCCCACCAACGCCAUCAACUACGCCCUGGGCAGUGAGAUGGUGUGCAGGGGAAUCUGGCAAUGCCUCUCACCGCAGAGCAGCGAGCAGCACCGAGCCAAGUGA